AUGAACACCGAAUACUACCCAAAUAAGUUACCCGGAGAAGAAGAGGAAUAUUCCAGAAUCUAUCCUUCCACUAAGGAAUUGGGUUGGGACCAUUUCACCACUACACAAUUGCCUCGUCUUCAUCAAAAACUUAUCAAUAGCAUAGGGGUAUUAAAGCAUGAUGAAGAGCUCACGAUGGUGUUUUAUAUGGUGAUGUAUUUGAGUGACCCUUAUGUUCAACCAGAAGAGAAUGAUGAAGUGGUGCUUAGUUUAGACCUACUAGCAGAUGCGUUAAUGGCAUUAACGUAUCAAUAUUAUUCUACUCAAACAGAGAACCAACCUGAUUUCAAAAAUGUUGAUUGCAAUACCAUGAAAUUUGCCAUCUCAACCAAAUUCUUUAUAAUAGUACAAGAGCUCAAUAAACUUCUACAGUUGAAUGAUGAAGUGGGCCUUCGAUAUUGUGAUAUUGACUCUUUGGAACUGGUUAAGAAGCUAUUCCACCAUUGGCAACAGCCACUAUUACAAGACUUUGAAACCAUACGAUUAAUACAAACUGCCCUGUGUAUCUUACAUAUGGCAAUGUUCAAGUGCUUUGUUGAUCCUCAUAAUCCAGAUGGUUAUAACUUAUCAUUGAAUCCAUAUGUUAAUUAUAUGGUGAGACUAUGGAAGUCUCUCACUCAUACCUUGAUAUUGCUUUUAACUUUGGAAGGUAUUGAUACCUAUCAAUUUUAUUCAUAUGAAUAUCAGAAUGCAUAUGACUUGAUUAAAAUAUUGAUGAAAGGUACCAGUGCUAUACGAUGUACUUUGGCUUACAUCCUUAACCAGAACCCAUCACUGACCUUAUGGGAUAGUGAUCAAGGGUCAGGUGUGGCCAAAAGGUACCUCCGCUCCUUACGAGAAGAUUACGGAAAAGAAAUAGAAGAAGAAAUAGAAGAUGAUGAAGAAGGUGAAGAAGAAGACGAAGACGAAGACGAAGACAAUCUCACCGUACUAAUUAAUCAUGAUAUUAAAGCCGAAACCUUGCUUAACUUUAUGGAACCACUAGCAAGAGAGUGUCUGAAUGGAGGAGCUUUACUGGUAGAUAUGAGAAUGAUAAUAAUGGCUCAAUACUAUUUGAUUGCUGGUUCAUUACCAUUACCAAUGUGGGAAAAGAACAAUAAGAGUGAAUUUGAUAUAAGUUCCCGUGCAGAUGUAAGAAGGUUGAAUAGAGAAAAGAACUUGGGUCAAUUGGGUGAUUUGCUAGUUGAUUUGGAUUACGAUGAUCAAUUUGAUGAAGACAUUCGGUAUAUUCUUGAAAGAGAUUAUGCAGAUUCAGAAAUAGAGUAUGAAGGAGGGGAAGGAACUGGAGAAGAAGAAGAAGAAGUUGAUGAGGACGAUGAUGAAGUGGAAAAUGGGGUUAAAGGAGAAGAAGUUGGGCGAGCAGAAGAAGAAGCACAUAAAGAAAAUAUUAAUAAUAAUGACCUUAUAAGAGCUUCAUCGUUACCAAUGAGAGUACUGGAUAGUGAAGCUAUUGAAACUGAUCAUUUGGGUAGGGAUUGGAGAGAUGAAGCGAGAGGUCUAAACCGUCUACCAACUGCUAAAUUCGAAAAGGAGCUGCAAAAACCUGAAGACAAAAGAUAUUUUUAUCAGAGUUGGAGUGAUCUUGAACAAGUAUUUCGAAGGAUGCUUAAAGUUGGAGGUGAUGAAGAACUUUUGCAUGAAGAAGGGAAACGUAUAAUAAAUACAAUUGCAUUCGCUAUAAGAGCAGAAGAGCGUGGGAUUGAGUUCAAUGGUAUAACUCCUGAUAGGAUCUAUGAGUUUUGGACUCUGUGUACUUAUGAGAAUAUGCUGACAUCACCAAUACAAUUAUACCCCAUUACUAAUUUUGAAGUGAUGUUGGGAUUACAUACCAAACUUACUUGCAAAUUAAUGGAUGAAAUGUUUAUGUGCCAAGGAUACCGUCGAACAUUUGUGUGGUUUUUAACGAAUAAUGUCAAUUAUUCAUUACUUUUGUUGAAUUAUAUUUUUGAGUUGUUGACCAAUUUAAGAGGUCAAGAUCAUGAGGAUGAUUUGGAGUUUACGAGAGAAGGAGAUCAUGUUAUUCUUAGUGAUGUUGAAGUGCUGAUGUUGCUUCAUCUGCUUUUCACCAAUGUACAUUCAUUUUUGUACGAUAUAGAUGAUGGUUCGAAUGGGUUAGUGAAUCUGAAGAAGAGAUUUAUUGAAGUUUUAUGCUUAAUGAUUCGAAGUCUUAUUGAAAGAGGGACCAUUGAUCUUCGACCACGAGGUGAUGAUACAGAUUAUCUUGAUGACUAUGCUCAUGACUUGCUUUCAUUGUUAGUUGGAUGGAUUAGCAUACCUGCUGCCAGGGAGUUAUACUUUUCAAUUAGAAGACAUACUUAUGGUAUUGAUGGUAAUGUUGCAUUGAACAAAAAUGAUGAAGAACAGGAGACUGAAGUUCUAGAAUUUGAAAUGGGUGAACCUUUGGACGUUUCUUCAGCAAAAUUAGCAUUAGCUAAUUUUAAGGAAGAGUUACCAGAAAAUUAUCUUGAAGAUCUCACUAGAAUUUUGACUUCAGAUAGACGAUAUGGGUUACGAAGACCUAGAAGCACCAAAGAAGAUCACAGUGAUUUAGUAACAUUUUACAGAUUUGCAGACCUUUCAAAAGCAGUUCAAAUCAGAUUAAACUUUUCGUUCGUUCCAGAAGAUGUGCUACCUUUUCCUAAGGGGCUUGAUCAUUGGCAAACGUUGAGGCUAUUUUUCACUUAUUUCAAUGUGUUUUCCUAUAUUGAGGUCAUACCGGUUUUAUUAUUCAUACAAGUGGACAAGUAUAUUGGCAGCGCACUAGCCAAGACUCAAGUGAUCAAUGAAGAGCCGGAUGGAAAGCAGAACCAAAUUGAAGAUUCCAUUGAUUCUGAAUUCAAUGAUAAAUUUCUCAAUGGAGAAAUGGAAUAUUCAUCUGCAGCCUCAUCAAAGAACAAGAAGAAUAAGAAAAAGAAGAAGAAGAAGUCAAAACAUAAAUAA